GAAGUAGCUGUGUUAGCUGCGGCGCUUCCACCACGUCUCCAGCGUCAGUGAAACAAGCAGGUCGAGCAGAUAUUAAACUUCUUAAACUGACCGGAAGUCUUCAGCUUCACGUUAUUAGAUUCAUCGCCUACUGAGAGUGUCCGGGACACUGAGUGUUAGCUUAGCACGUAGCAUCGCUAGCCUCGUUAGCCCGCUAACUAGCUAGCUCGGUGCCUUGCGUCAUUUCCUACUUUUGAAAAUCGCGGCCUGAACGAAGAAGCAGAGAAGAUGGAGCUUCAAGUGGGAACUGAACCGAUGACCCUGGGCUCUCCCACCUCCCCGAAGCCCACCUCCGGAGCUCAGUUCCUGCCGGGCUUUCUGAUGGGCGACCUGCCGGCCCCCUCCACUCCGCAGCCACGCCCCUUCAGCCUCAGCAUGCCCGUCCUGGAGAGCUCAGGAUGUGGAGGUUCCGCCCCUCAGCCCGUGGUUCCCACCCCCAAAGACAAAAGUGGAGCCCCACCUGUCCGCAGUAUCCGUGAUGACCUGGUGUCUGUAGGGACGCCGCUCAGUGCUCACAGACAGUCUUUCUCAGUCAUGCAGUCACCUCUGUGUGGACGUCAGCCCUCAACUCCAGGAGCAGGAACAGGUGUGCAGCAGCUGUGUCUGUCUCCAGCUCAGGUGGACCCGUUUUACAGUCAGGGAGAAUCUUUAUCAUCGGACGAUCAGCUGGAUCAGACCUGGGUCACCGUCUUUGGUUUCCCUCCAGCCUCGGCCUCCUACAUCCUGCUGCAGUUUGCUCAGUACGGAAACAUCAUCAAACACACGAUGGCGUCUCCUGGUAACUGGAUGCACCUUCAGUAUCAGUCCAGGCUUCAGUCCAGAAAAGCUCUGUCGAAGGAUGGGAAAGUGUUUGGCGACGCCAUCAUGGUGGGAGUGAAGCCCUGUAUAGACAAGAGUGUGAUGGACAGCAGCGAGGCCGUCUCCUCCGCCCUCCCCUCCACUCCUCGCUCGGCCAUCAGACCGCUCAGCGCCGCCUACAGGAGCUCCAGCAGCGACUACCAGGUGGUGGCCGACAGACAGACGCCCCGGAAGGACAACAGCAUAGUUUCCAAAGCGAUGGAGUACAUGUUCGGCUGGUGACGUCCAAAGUGCAUUAUGGGAUACAGCAGCCUCGUGGGAGGGGGGAGAAUCAACAGAUGAACUUUCUGAGUGUGUGGUGCGUGCGUGUAUGUGUGUGUGAAUGAAUCUCUCUUAUAACUGUUUUUUACUGUUUGUCAAUAAAGUUGUCUGAUUUGAA